GUUUGAAGAGACAGGCUGCUGGACUCAUUACAAUUGACAGAGUAUCUAAACUAACAGGACAGUGAAGAAGAUGGCUCCAUCUCUCUUGAAAUUCUGCUUCCUUCUCCUAUUGGCCGCUCAGUUUGUGGCCCCUCAGUGGUUUGUGGCCCCUAAACAAAAUUCUCCAAUACCGAUGGACUUCUCAAAACAUUCCCUGGAUGAUCAAUAUAAAGGCUGCAGAAACGAAAUGUUACAAAAAGUUCAAAAGGUUUACCUGCCUAGAGAACUGAAACAGAACCCAAAAUUUAAUUCCGCCUGGUCCAACGCAAAAUCGGCAAUGAAAUCCAAAUCUCUGGGAUAUCUGACUCUAGAACAAGCCACUGCCAUCUACGUUUACACAAUGCCAGGCGUUUACAGUGACUUCAACACAGCGGUCAGAAACGGAGGCGGAAAGAAUUACAAGGCGUUCCCGUUCAAGGCGUUGCAUUUUUACUUAACCGAUGCUCUGAAAAAGCUGAAAACCAAAUUUCAAAACUGUUAUCAUGUCUACAGGGGCGUUUCCAAGCCCACAAGCGUGGGCAAGGGUAAAACUGUCCGCUUCGGCCAGUUCACCUCCACUUCACGAAGCCUACAAAAAGCCAUGCAUUUUGGAUCCGGAACAAUUUUCCACAUGCGCACAUGCCAGGGCGCAUCGAUUCAAAGUUAUUCGAUGUUCCCAGCUGAAGACGAGGUGCUGGUGCCGCCAUUCGAGAGGUUCCGAGUGGAGGACGUCAACGGGAAUCAAAUCAGACUGACACCACUGCCAAAAACCACAAGCAUUUACAACUGUCUGGCAGUGCAUAAAGGAAAGACACACGGGUGAUGUCAGAGUUGAGUCUACAGUCACGUGACACGAGUCAUGUGACCAACGCAGGCUGCACAAUACAGAUAUUCAAUCUAAAUUCAUUCAUUGUGGGCCAUUUGCUGUGCGCUGUAUAAACCAUUUCAAACAGAUGGAGAGACACAAAUUGACUUGUUUUUUUUUGUUGUUUUUUUAAGUCAAAGACUUGGCAGCUUUUAUAAGAGCAAAGCUACAUUCAGAAAUAGAGGGUCCGUGUUUGAAUGUUCAGAACAUGAAAUGUAUAAAAAAAAAAGAAAAAGCAUUGUAUGGAGUCUCUCUC